AUGCCACUCAUCAAGCUCUGCAUCACUCCUGCACUCCUGCUCUUAGUGCUCAGCUGUCCUCUGUGGCAGGUCAGCCAAUCUCUGCCGGUGAUUAAAGGACCCAUGACAGACUCCUGUGUCAUAUAUGCAGGAACACUUCUGAGGAACAUCUCUGACGCUCUCAAACAGGAUCAACUGUUCAUGGGAAUCAACUGCACAAAGCAAAGCAUGGAGCUGAACAUGGAGACUAACACACCAUCUGCGUGUGCACCAAAGGAAGCAACAUGCACUGGAACUGCUAAAUCAGAAUUCGAUCAGGAGUCAUGUCUGACAAACAUUGGGGAGGAUCUGCAUCACUACUACAAAUUUCUCACAGCUCAGCCAGAUCCUGACAAUUUACUUGGAACUGUUCUGUCCAGCCUCAGAGAAUUCAUGGAGAACUGCUUCACAUCUGCGUCCACAGACUUGGCCUCAGAGCAGGAUGCUGCAGACCGUCAAAGCACCUUCAAUGACAGACUGAGCCUGUGCAAAGUGCUGAAGGGCUUCCAGGUCCGCACCAUCACAAUCAACAGAGUUCUUGCAUACAUGAACUCUGGUGAACACACUAAAUAA